AUGAUUUGGUAUGUGGCCACUUUGAUAGCAAGCGUUUUCAGCACCCGGGGAACGACAGCUCAAGGUAUCCACGGCGUGAGAGAAGAGCCCCAGUUUGUGACGGCCCGUGCAGGAGAGAGCGUAGUUCUGGGAUGUGAUGUGAGCCACCCCCUCAACGGCCAGCAGACCCCCUAUGUGGUGGAGUGGUUCAAGUUUGGUGUGCCUAUCCCUUUUUUCAUCAACUUCCGCUUCUAUCCUCCUCAUGUGGAUCCGGAGUAUGCUGGGAGGACAAGCCUACAUGGCAAGGCGUCUCUGCAGAUCGAUCAGGUGCGCUCAGAGGACCAGGGCUGGUACGAGUGCAGGGUUCUCAUGCUGGAACAACAGUACGACACCUUCCACAACGGCAGCUGGGUCCAUCUCACAGUCAAUGCGCCCCCUACAUUCAUGGAUGUGCCACCGCAGUAUGUGGAGGCCAGGGAGGGAGGCAGCAUCACACUGAGCUGCACCGCCUUCGGCAACCCCAAGCCCGUGGUCUCUUGGCUGCGAGAGGGAGAGCAACUGGCCACCAACAAAAAAUACACGGUGAGUGAUGGCAGUCUGACAGUGCAGGCCAUUGCACGGGAGGACAGAGGAGCGUACAGCUGCCGUGCUCACAGCGACCAGGGAGAAGCACUUCACACCACACGCCUGCUCGUGCAAGGUCCUCCGUAUAUAGUGGCGCCCCCUGAAAACAUCACUGUAAACAUUUCUCAGAAUGCUCUCUUCACGUGCCAAGCAGAGGCGUAUCCUGGCAACCUGACCUAUACCUGGUUUUGGGAGGAGGACAACGUCUACUUCAAGAAUGAUCUGAAACUCAGAGUGCGCAUCCUGAUCGACGGCACCCUCAUCAUCUACCGCGUGAAGCCAGAAGAUGCUGGGAAAUACACUUGUAGCCCCAGUAACAGCCUGGGAAUCUCACCGUCUGCCUCAGCAUAUCUGACAGUGCAGUACCCUGCCCGUGUUCUCAACAUGCCACCAGUCAUCUACGUCCCAAGAAAGUUGCCAGGAAUCAUCCGCUGCCCAGUCGAUGCCAACCCACCUGUUACGUCUGUCAGAUGGGAAAAAGAUGGAUAUCCUUUAAGAGUUGAGAAGUACCCUGGCUGGAGCCAAAUGCCAGAUGGAAGCAUUCGGGUGGCAGAGGUCACUGAAGACUCCCUUGGCACCUACACCUGUGUGCCUUACAAUGCUCUAGGUACCAUGGGACAAUCCCCUCCGGCCACUCUGGUGCUAAAGGACCCCCCUUACUUUAACGUGAGGCCUGGUGGGGAAUACCGUCAGGAGGCCGGCAGAGAGCUUGUCAUCCCUUGUGCUGCUUCUGGAGACCCUGAGAUUCCAACCAUCACCUGGAGAAAGGUGGGAAAGCCAAGUAGAAGUAAGCACAACAUCUUACCCAGUGGCAGCUUACAGUUUGUGUCUCUGAGCAAAGAGGAUCAUGGGGAGUGGGAAUGUGUCGCCACCAAUGUUGUCACAAGCAUCACUGCCAGCACAAGACUUUUUGUAAUAGGCACUAGUCCCCACGCGCCAGCCAAUGUCCACGUCUCGGUCUCCACAACCUCAGCUAAUGUCUCCUGGGAACCCGGAUAUGAUGGUGGCUUUGAGCAGACCUUUUCGGUCUGGUAUGGCCCUGUGAAGAAAAAGACAGAUCUGGGUCCUCAUGAUUGGCUGUCCAUUCCUGUGCCCAGCUCCCAGACCUGGUUGGUGGUGCAGGGCCUGGAGCCAAAGACAGCAUAUCAGUUCAGUGUGCUGGCCCAGAACAAGCUGGGCACAGGUCCGUUCAGUGAGGUAGUCACUGUGAAUACAGUAGUGUACCCUAUAAGUACUCCGGAACCACUGGUGCUUCUUACCCCACCGCGGUGCCUCACAGCUAACCGGACACAGCAGGGUGUACUGUUGACAUGGCUUCCUCCAGCCAACCACACUUCACCCAUAGAUCGUUACAUUGUUGAGUUUCGUCUGGGAGAGAGGUGGGAGGUGCUUGAUGACCUAAUUCCAGCAGACGAGACUGAGAUCAUGGCUCGAGACCUGAUUCCGGACUCGUGGUAUGAAUUCCGUGCCCUGGCAGUCAUGGAUGAUCUCAUUAGUGAAAGUAGUAAUGUAGUGGGAGUGUCAAGCACAGACCCCUUCCCUCCCACAGAGAUCUCUGACGAGGGGCUGGCGAGGCCAGUGGUGGCCGGGAUUGUGGCUACAAUCUGCUUCCUAGCUGCUGCCAUACUUUUUAGCACGCUAGCCGCGUGUUUUGUUAACAAGCAACACCGCCGCAAGCUCAAGCGUAAGCGAGAUCCUCCAUUGUCAAUAACUCACACCAGGAAAAGUAUUGAGUCUCCGCCUCCUCUUACCCCUUUGCCUGGCAUUGAGCCCUACUGGGAAGAGCCAGACAGGAGCAGCUACAGGCCCCCAUCCACAAGUCCUCAGAUGUCCUCUGGGAAAAUCAGUCCAGAGAGCAUUGCUUCCUCCCGUCCUCCAUCUCUGGCCAGUGUAGGCACACCUGGCCUUUAUGUCAAGAAGCUGCCAAGUCCAAGGAAAGAGAAGGAGCUCUCAUUGUACAAGCGAACCAAGCGAGCAAUAACAGGCAAGAAGUACAGCGUGUCAAAGCACGAGGCCGAGGUUACCACUCCCAUUGAGCUGAUUAGCCGCGGCCCAGAUGGUCGCUUUGUCAUGGAGCCAUUGGACACAGACUCAUCACUAAAGCCACGUCGCAUCGAAGGCUUCCCCUUUGUGGAGGAGUCAGACCUGUACCCUGAGUUCAGACAGUCGGAUGAGGAGAAUGAUGAACCUGGGCCCCUACCCCCAGUUAUGGCCACGCUCAGGCCCCAGAUUUCGCCUGUGUCCUCAAGUCAGGAGUCCUACAUGGUGCAGCCCCCAGCGUACAGCCCUCGCUUCCACAGGCCUAUGGAAGGUACGAGCAUCUUGGAAGGUAGCGGGCUUCAGGCCACAGGGCAGAGCCGAGUGUCCCACUUUCACAGAGUCUUUCCUCCGGGCCCUUUCUAUGGCUAUCUAGGUAGUGGGACCGAGCUGGAGCUGCAUCCUCCAUUCUACGCAGCCGAUGUGAGCCCACGCAGCUCAGCCAUGUCCUCCUCCUCACCACCGUGCCCCACCGAGGGGUCCUUCCACCAUCCCACCAUUGCUUCUGGCCACACCCUUCCGUUGGCACAUGGCCCGCCCUCCUCUCACUCUACUGACACUUGGCGCCCUCCUGACUUCCCCUUUCUAGGUCAGGAGGGUGCCUGUGUCGUUUUGCCACCACACCCUCCUCCCCCCCAUCUCCGCCGAGACGUGCCCGAGCCACCACCGUACCCAUCGCGUAGCCACGCCCCCUCCAGCUCGGCGUUCCUGCGGCUGGAGGCGCUCCCUUCUCAGGGCCUAGCGGGCACACAUGCAGCUAUGCAACAGGCCCAGAUCCUGGGGCAGUUGAGACACACUGCCCACGGGAUGGGUGUACCAGUGUUGCCUUACCCAGGCCGAGCAGGGAGCCCCAGCACGCUACGCAGUGAGAGCUCGGACGAGCCGUGGCUGAGCCCGAGGGCGGCACGCCGCCUGGAUCUGGGCCUGCAGCAGGUGGUCCUGCAGCCAUCACGCCUGUCACCCCUCACCCAGACACCUCCUAGCUCCCGUGCUGGCUCGCCCGACAUCCUGGUGCGCCCGCCACCGCGGCCGGGUGUCCUUCGCUCCUCACGCUCACAGGAGAUACCCGAGAGCAUGCGCCACAUCACCUUCUCCCGGAGAUCCCUGUCCUCUUCCCCUGCCACCUCUCCCACCCUGGGCUCAGGCUCCAUCCGCCUGCCUGGCUUGGGCUAUGGUGCCCAUGUGGCCUUUGCCACUGCAGCAGCCAGCUACCCGUCACAGUCCCCCUCGCCCCCAGCGGAGAGCAGUGAUGCUUUUGGUCAGCUGCCAUCUCAAAGGAGGACAGAUGAAGAGAUGCUGCCCUCAGAGCCCUCACCAGGGGAGCCUGUAGGUGCAGUGAGAGUGCCUGCAGGGUCUGAGAGCUUCGAAACACUGUUUUAUCAUUGUAUGAAAAAAAACAAGAAAGUGGCUGCUAACAACAACAACAACUCCACAUCCAAGAAAAGAACAGAUGUGUCUUCCUCUCAGACCCAGCAGAAAUUCACAUCUCAAGCACCACAGCAACGAGAAAAGAUCUGCUCGCCUACCAGGACGAGGAGGGAAAAAGCACCCCGAACAUCCCCUUACCCCCUCUUAUCUUCCAUGCUGUGCUGGUCAUGUCCCAGAGAAGACAGGAAAGCCCUUUUGGCCAGUGUGAACUCCCAAACUCCCCCAAACUACGGCGCUUUGCCUUGACCACUGGGAGAACCACAUACUGAUCCAUUCAUUACAACAGUAGAUAUGCAGUCAGUAUUGAAUUUGAUUGACCUAAAGAUUUAUUCACCUUCUCCUUUGGCACAAUAU